UUAAAUAUUACGCUUUAUUCGCUUUUAAAACGUAUAUAUAAAGAUAAAAUUAACUUAUUUAUUAAAUAUUUUAUUAAUUAUAUUAUAAAAUCCGAGUUUUUUAUUACUUUUUAUAAAGUUUAUAAUAAGAUCUUUUUAAAUAAAAAUAUUAAAUUCGUUUUCUAUAAAGUUAAAAUUUUAUUAUAA